AUGCGGAGGUCUGCCGCACACGGCUCCGAAUCAAAUUUCGGCGACCAGCCGGAUGACACGGAGAGCGAUAGUGAAGAUGUGACUACGGACGACCUCGACAACGAAGCUCGCGAAGGAGCUGGAGCAGCAGAGUCGACUAACCACUUAAGUACCGAUUUACUGCCUCCUCCUGGCUUAGAAAAGCUCUUCCAGUUGAAUAUCAUAUUUCUUACAGAUGAGUUCACGGAUGGGCAGCCGUCAUCCAGCCUGCUCGUGUACUUUAGCGGAAUCUUGGGAUUCUCACCCGAUACCCAGUCCUUCCAGCCUGCAAAGUCCUUCACCCCUCAUCUAUCCGCACUUAUCUAUAUCCAACGGCUGUUGUUCUUGGAGUAUGCGCUACCGUACCGCGACUACCCAACGAUCGGGUGGAAUCGUCGACCCCGUCGUUACCACCUCGACCGCCUUAACCCGAUUCGCAGUCGAUAUAUGAUCGCUGGGGCCUUGACACCCCUCGCGGAGUUCCAGAGCCUGCGAGAUUAUGGGCGCACGAUCGCCCGGACUGAUCCACCCUCUUUUUUAUUACGGUGGAGUGAGGAUGGCCAGACAGUCUCAUUUGGUGGUGGCGAGCUACAUAUAGCGACAUUUCGGCGGCUUGCGUGGUACUUUCUGGACGAGGCGGAAACCCUCUGUUAG